GGCAUCACAAACAGUUUGGUCUUUCGACAAUAGAUAACAAGAACAAGAUGAAGGUAUUCGUGUGCUUAUUGGCUACAUUGGCUUUGGUUAAUGCUGGAGGAUUCCGUGGAGGUGCUGGCGGUGGUGGAGGCGGUGGCUACUUGCCCGGAGGCGGACGCGGUGGUCGUGGUCCAGUCAAUGGAGCUGGUUUGAUCUCGCACGUCUCGCAAAAUCAAGGCAACACGAAAGUUCAUAUUGGUGGAGCGGCUGCUCUUGGCGGUGGUGGCGGUGGUGCAGCCGCAGGUGCUGCCUAUGGAGCAGGCUUGGGUGGAGGAUUUAAGUCAGGCGGCGGUGGAGCAUAUGGAGCCGGUGGUGCUGGGGGCUAUGGUGCAGGCGGCGCUGGCGGUUAUGGCGGAGCCGGAGCUGGCGGCUGGCAGGGACAGGGUCGCGGUGGACGCGGUGGAGCUGGUGCUGGUGGCAAUGCCUGGGGCAAUCCCGCCCAGUUUGACUACACUGUGAAUCAUGCCUCAAGUGCUAAUGGUGGUUCCUAUGGUGCUGGUGGUGCCGGUUCUUAUGGCGGUGGUGCUGCUUCUUAUGGUGGUGGUGCUGCCUCAUAUGGCGCUGGUGCUGGUGCUGGCGGCGCUGGCGGUGCUGGCUGGUGGAACGACUAG